AUGGCUCCUCCCACCCCCAUCACCAUCAUAACCGGCUUCCUAGGCUCAGGGAAGACGACGAUACUGCUCAACCUGAUUCCGCAGCUCCCUCCGACCUACCGUCUUGCACUGCUGAAGAACGAGUUCGGUGACGUCGCCGUCGACUCGCAGCUCGCAGCCGCAAACUCCAUCUCGGGCGUACGAGAACUGCUCAAUGGCUGUAUAUGCUGCAACCUUGUCGGCCAGCUGGGCGAUGCGCUCGUCCAGUUACGCGAAGAGGUGAAGCCUGAUCGUAUCGUGAUCGAGACCAGCGGCAGUGCGUUCCCUGCCACCCUUGCGAUGGAGGUGAACCGAGUUUCACGCGAGCGGAAAGGCGAGUUCAUGCUAGAUGGCGUCGUGGCUGUCAUAGACGUGGAGAACUGGGAAGGAUACGACGAUACGUCUUACACGGCGAAACUGCAGGCUAAAUACACGGAUCUGAUCGUGUUCAACAAAUGGGAGCUUGUAUCGGAGCGGCGAGUCGGUGAUUUGGACGUCCAGACUGCGUGGGUCAAGUCUGAGAAGGGCAAGGUAGACCAAGAUGUUCUACUUGGGAUUGACGGGGCCUUGCUGGCGAAAGAAAUAGAGAACGGGCAAAACUCAUCGCUGGACAUGCUGCUUGUCGACAAGGACGCCCAUAAGCACCGCCAUGAUCACCAGUCUGAAGUCGAGGUGCUAUCGAUCUCACUCACUGGAGAGGGUGACGAUCUCCUCGUCGAUGCUGAGGCCUUCACGACACUUCUACAGUCAGCGCCCAAGGAUGAAAUCUACCGGAUAAAGGGGAUCGUCCGCUUUUCCUCCCAGCAUACACCUGUCGAUUCAUCAGGCGAGACCAUUACUUCCAACACCAACUCAGCCGUGCAAACCUGUAUCCUCAACUGGGCCUUUGGACGAUGGACCCUCACCCCGUCUCCAUCGCUGUCUCAAGCCACAGUUACGGGAACAGCCGCAGAUCCGGCGUUCUCGAAAACAAGCAUCGCCCGACUUACCAUGAUCCUUGCACGAUAUGAAGCUGCCAAGUGGAAGAAGAAGCUCGAAGCUGGGCAAUUGGUGAAGGCAAUGGGCUCUUCCCCUGCCACGACUUCUCUGCAGGUUGACGUUAUUGGCUGA